UUCAAGGCACGAGCGCGGAAACACGUGGGCUCUUGGGCAGCCUCUGUGAACUAGCCCCUCCGCAGCACGUUCCGCGAAAUGAGCUUCUUUCCUUCAGGCGCGUGUGCAGGGAAAGAAUGACGCGCUUCUUUGUGCGCCGCGCCGCUGCGCCUGCUCUUCCCCGCAGCACGCUUGCUGGACCGCUUCUGCCGGCAUUGGGACCCGGAGCUAACGGUGGCCGGCCGGCUCCGGAGUCCGCGGCCAUCCCGCUGCGUAGCUGAAUCCCGGCGCAGCGGCGGGCUUGGUCGGAGCCUGGCUGUCCACCGACUCUGCUCUUCAGGAUUACUGAGAGCUGGAACUCCGCUCUGUUGAUUCGAGCCCGGAGGCCGUACCUCCCACCUAUGGCCGCCGAAGCGCGGUUGGCUUCCUUCUGGGGGUUACUGUCAUUCAAGGAUGUGUCUGUGGAGCUAUCAAGUGAAGAGUGGCAGCUACUGGACCCUGCACAGCAGCAGAUGUAUAGAGAGGUGACUCUGGAGAACUACAGCAACCUGCUCUCCGUGGGGUGUCUUGAUACCAAACCUGACUUAAUCUUCAAGUUGGAGCAAGGAAAAGAACCGUGGGUAAUAAAUGCCAAAAUGUCCACCCAGAGCUGUCCAGAAGGCUGGAAAAAAUGGUACCAGAAAAGUCAAGAUGAAAAUGUUCAGAGAAACUAUACUCGUAAUGGGUUUGGAAAACUUUUUACCAACAGAACCCAUGUUUCUUCAAGGCAGAGACUCCAUAAGUAUAGCACACGUGGAGCAAAUGUGAUACAAAAUUUGAGUUCAAGCAGAAUUUCUGUAAAAAAGAAUCCUGAUCAAUUUCAUAGUUAUAAAGACCCAUAUUUUUUUAAGCAUCAAAAACGUUGUAGCUUAGAAAAAAAUUGUAUCUGUAAUGAAUGUGGAAAAGCUUUUCGUUGUAAAUCACAGCUUGUUGUACAUUUCAGAAUUCAUACAGGGGAGAGACCGUACAAAUGCACAUACUGUGAAAGAGCCUUCAGUGCCAAGUCAAACCUUAAUGCUCAUCAGAGAGUUCACACAGGAGAAAAGCCCUACUUAUGUAAUGAAUGUGGAAAAGUUUUUUCUUUUAGGUCACAGCUCAUUGUCCACCAAGAAGUUCACACAGGAGAGAAGCCCUAUUGUUGCAAUGAAUGUGGGAAAGCCUACAGUUGGAAAUCUCAGCUUAUUUUACACCAGAGAAGUCACACAGGAGUAAAACCUUAUGAAUGCAAUGAAUGUGGGAAAGCAUUUAGUUUGAAGUCCCCAUUUAUUGUUCAUCAGAGAACUCACACAGAAGUGAAACCUCAUAAAUGCAAUGAAUGUGGGAAGGCAUUCAGGAGUAAGUUCUACCUCCUUGUUCAUACCAGAAUGCACACAGGGGAGAAACCUUAUCAAUGCAUUGAUUGUGGGAAAACCUUCAAUGCAAAAACACAACUCAUUGUACACCAGGGAGUUCAUACUGGGAAAAAUCCUUUUGAGUGCAGUCAGUGUGGCAAAGCCUUUGGCCGGAAGGAGCAGCUCACUGCUCAUUUGCGAGCUCAUGCAGGAGAGAAACCCUAUGGUUGUAACGAGUGUGGAAGGUCUUUCAGCAGCAAGUCAUAUCUUAUUAUACACAGGAGAACACAUACAGGAGAGAAACCCUAUGAAUGUAGCUUAUGUGAACGAUCCUUCUAUGGAAAAUCACAGUUAAUUAUACACCAGAGAACUCAUUCAACAGAAAAGCCAUAUGAAUGCAAUGAGUGUGAAAAAGCUUAUUCCAGAAAGGCAUCCCUUCAGAUUCACCAGAAAAUUCAUUCUGGAGAGAAACCAUUUAAGUGCAGUGAAUGUGAGAAAGCUUUCACUCUGAAGUCCUCUCUCAGUGAACAUCAGAGAGUUCAUACACGAGAGAAACCCUGGAAAUGCUCUGAAUGUGGGAAAUCCUUUUGUUGGAAUUCAGGGCUUCGUAUACAUCGGAAAACUCACAAGGCAAACAUCCAAGUGAUAAAGUGAAUGUUACACUCUUUCACAGGAGCUGGUGUGCCAGAGACCUUAGAUGAGAAUUCAGUCAUAGUACAUUUGAGAACAGUUAUUGUAAAGAGGCUGCAAAAACUUUCACAAGUUAGGUACAUAGAUCUUGGCUAAGAAGAGAACUGAGGAAUGAGGAAUAAUAAACAUACCAAGUGUGAUUGGUCCUGUCAUAGAGAUUUGUUCUCCCUGUAAGUUUACUAAGUCAAGGGAGGCUGGACUUGGUAGCUCACCUUUUACUCUAGCACUCUGGAGGCAGAGGUAGGUGGUGGAUCGUGAGUCUGAGGCUCACCUGGUGUACAUAGUGAAUUCUAGGAUAGCCAGGGCUAUAAUAGACUGUC